GCCGUCCACAGCAGAACUCCUCGCCUGCAGAGACACAGCCAACAUGCCUGUUGAUCUGAACGGAUAUUGGAAAAUGAUUUCCAAUGAUAACUUCGAGGAGUACCUGAAGGCUCUUGAUGUGAAUGUCGCCAUCAGGAAAAUCGCAACCUUGCUGAAGCCUGACAAGGACAUCGUCCACGACGGCGACCACAUCGUCAUCAAGACCCUCAGCACUUUCAAAAACUACAACAUGGACUUCCACAUUGGCAAAGAGUUUGAGGAGGAUCUGUCCGGAGUGGAUGACAGGAAAUGCAUGACCACUAUCACUUGGGAGGGAGACAAGCUGGUGUGUGUGCAGAAGGGGGAGAUCGAAGGAAGAGGCUGGAGCCACUGGGUGGAAGGAGAUGAGCUUUAUUUGGAGCUGAGAGCUGGGGGAGUUGUUAGCAAGCAGGUGUUCAAGAAGACCUAAGCUGCCUCCUACUGGACGAGGCAGUGCCCCCGGCUGACGCUUGUCCACACACAAACACACCAGACAUGUCCCAGGCCUCUAACACACACUCCCAACCUUCCAUUUGUGCCAUUUCAGCAUCUCUCCAUGAUCCAUCUACCUUUGUCAUGUGUAUUAGUUCGUUGUAAAUGCAGUUUCAUAUACAGUGCAUGUCAGUGUGUGUAUCAUGUAACAUUAUGAAAUACAGUAUCUGUCCAUAUCUGUCUCAAAGUGGGUUCUCCUCUGAUUAACACUUUAAACCGGGUGUUGGAUGCAUGUAUAGGUGUAGCUGAUCUGAUGGGUGAGCCCGGCUGAUAACGACACACAACACAACACACUGAAAUGAGCAGCAAGACAGUUCUAUCUCUCUUGUAUUUGUUUAUUCAGGGUAGACUGACACA